AUGGAGAGUUUGGGUCUCUGCGGCCGCCGUAGAGGCAGCACUGCGGUCCCCAUGGCAACGGCAAGAAGCAGCGCCAAGCUCCUGGGCGGUGCUGGCGCCUUGGCGGUUCGGACCCAAGGCGGCGCGGGAUCUGCCGGAGGGGAAGGCGCUGGACCCCGAGACCCCCGCCUGUCCAGCCGUCGUCCGUGGGCCUCAGCUCCUGGACGGACUUGUGUUGCCCUUCCCCAUGGACCUCUUGCCCCACCUCCCUUUCCCCCUUCCUCUGUGCCUGUCCAGGCCUCUUCUGGCCCGUGGGAUCCCGCCUCAGCUUCCAUCAGCAGCCCUUCCCUGCUGCUCCCCAUCCCAGCUAUCGUCUUCAUCGCCGUGGGCGUGUACUUGGUGCUGCUGGGCCUGGUGCUGCUGGCUAGGCACUGCCUGCUGGCUCAGGGCUGCUGCACAGACUGCAGCUUCCCAUGCAGGAAACAAACUGCCUCAGAGACCCAAGACUGUUGCUGGAGCUGCGCAGAAGCCUGUGACUUCCCUCUGCCCAGUCCAGCCCACUACCUGGAUGCCUGCUGCCCUCAUCCCAGCGAAGGCUGGGCGCCUCGAUGCCCUCAAUGCUGCCCGUUGUGUGACUGUGCCUGUGCCUGCCAGCUUCCGGACUGCCAGAGCCUCAACUGCCUCUGUUUCGAGAUCAAGCUCAGAUGAAGGAUGGGGGUGGGGGGCUUGUUCUUUGGGGAGUGGCCUGCCCCUAGAGCCCCCUCUAUAAUGGCCCUCAGGACACCACUACUAGGCCCCUGGAACUUCAGCUGGCGGGCCCAGCCUAACUACCUGGGAGCCUUGAGUGGAGGGCCUGGUUCCCUGCAGGACAGGAUUCUGACAGCCCUUGGACAGCUGAAUUUCGACCCCUUUGGAGGGCUGGAAAGAAAAGGGGCUGGUGUUCUGGCAGUGCCCCGGCCAUCAUCA